CAUUCCUUAGAAAGGCUGCGUGUGAAAGAUCAGAGAAGAGGCCAGUAGAUCUGGGUUUUGUCCAGGGGUCUCUGGGUUUAAAGCUCUCUACAACCACUUGAGCUCAUUUUCCAUGUGGCUUGACUGAGUACAACUCAUUUCACUGCCCAAGCUGUUAAAAAUCUAGAACUUUACUCUUCGGAAUUCUUUCAGUUGCACAACAGAUACAACCUAUCCUUCAGCAAAAAUGGAAGCUAUCAAGAAAAAGAUGCAGAUGUUGAAGUUAGACAAGGAGAAUGCCAUUGACAGAGCAGAGCAGGCUGAAACGGAUAAGAAGGCAGCUGAGGACAAAUGCAAACAGGUAGAGGAUGAGCUGGUUGCUCUGCAGAAGAAGUUGAAAGGCACUGAAGAUGAGCUGGACAAGUACUCGGAGGCUCUCAAAGAUGCCCAGGAAAAACUAGAGCAGGCUGAAAAGAAGGCGACUGAUGCCGAAGGUGAGGUGGCAGCGCUGAACAGACGUAUCCAGCUCGUGGAAGAGGAGCUGGAUCGUGCCCAGGAACGGCUGGCCACAGCCUUGCAGAAACUGGAGGAGGCCGAGAAAGCGGCGGAUGAGAGCGAGAGAGGAAUGAAGGUUAUCGAGAACAGAGCAAUGAAAGACGAAGAGAAAAUGGAAAUUCAGGAAAUGCAACUGAAGGAGGCCAAGCAUAUUGCUGAAGAAGCUGACCGCAAAUACGAAGAGGUUGCCCGUAAACUGGUUAUUUUGGAGGGUGAACUGGAAAGAGCUGAAGAGCGCGCAGAGGUGUCCGAAGUUAAAUGUAGUGACCUUGAAGAGGAGUUAAAGAACGUCACUAACAACCUGAAGUCUUUGGAAGCUCAAUCUGAAAAGUACUCGGAAAAAGAAGAUAAAUACGAAGAAGAAAUCAAGAUUCUGUCCGACAAGCUUAAAGAAGCUGAAACUCGUGCUGAGUUUGCGGAGAGAACAGUUGCCAAACUGGAAAAGUCUAUUGAUGACCUGGAAGAAAAACUGGCUCAAGCCAAAGAGGAGAACUUGGGGCUGCAUCAGACACUGGACCAGACGCUGAACGAACUGAACUGUAUAUGAGCUGCCGACGGGUCCCUGCGGCCGGGGGACCGGCACCCUCCCCGCCCCCCCGCCCCGCCCCCCUUCCUGCAACACCAACUAAGUUAUGCGCAGCCGGGCGGGGGUCCCCGCGCGGCCGAGGCUCCGCGGGGCGCGGGAGAGCAUGGGCCGCGCCGGCCCCUCGUCAGCCCCUCGUCAGCCCCUCGCGCCCGUCCGCGCGCGUCCCGGCGCCGGCUGUGCCCGGCCGCAGCGUCACCCCGCCCGUCGCGGGCGGCUCCUAUUAAACACUUUCUCCCGGUCC